AUGAUACUCCAUUCUAAAAAAAAAUCUUUAUUUGUAUAGGGUUUCAAAAAAACAAUAAGCCAUGUUUUCGAUAAAUGGAAAAUGCAAAAGUUUUAUUAAAAGUUGAAAAAGAAAUUAAUUCAUGAAAUAUAAAAUAAUAUGGAUUAAAUUUAAAAUCUUUCUUGGUAAGGAUAAUAUAGUAAGAGCAAAUUAAAAGUUGGUAAAUGGAUGGUUUAUUGGAAUAAUGAAUUUCUAAAGAAUGUUGGUGGAUACUAUAUGGAAGGAUAAAAGCAAGGAUUAUGGAAGGAUCUGUUCCUAAACUAUUGUGAGUAAGUUAUAAAUAUUUAAACUUAUGAAAAGUUAAAAUCUAGCUUUCGAAAUUGGAGAAUAUGAGAAUGACCUUAGAAUUGGUAAUUGGAAUUAUAUUUGGUUAGAAAAUAAGAUGUAAUUAUUUUAAUAAUUGAUUAGUUGUGGAGGGUUGUACAAUAAAUAUGGUUAAAAAUAAGGUAAAUGGGUUGAGUUUGACAAAAGAUUUGGGAUAAAUAGGUAAGUCUUAUAUAAAGGGGAAUAUAAUUUUUAAGGCAUAAAGAUAGGUAGAUGGGAUAUUAUGUAUAAAUGUUGUGAAUAUUUUGAAAAUGAAGAUGAGGAAUAUAAAUAAAUGUAAAUAGUGUAUAAUUAUAGAUGCUUCUUAAUAUUUUAGAGGUGGCGGAAUAUAUGGUUUGGGAGAUGGUUAAAUUAAGAUUGGAAGGUGGAUAGAUUUAUGGGAUAAUUUUGAAAUUAAAAGAGAAAUCACUUUAAAUGGUGUAUAUAAUAUGAAAGGUAUGAAGGUAGGUAAGUGGAGUAUAGCAUGCAAGAAAAAAUAAAUGUAAAAAUUAGAUGAGUAUAGGGGCAUAAUAAUAAAUUAGUGGUGGUGGAAUAUAUGGUGAGGGAGAAGGUGAAAUUAAAAUUGGAAGGUGGAUAGAGUAGUGGGAGAAUUUUGGAUGGGAUAGAGAGGUCACCUUUGAAGGUGAAUAUAAUAUGAAAGGCAUGAAAAUAGGAAGAUGGGAUAUAUGGUUUGUAUGGUUUUCUGGUUUCUCAAAGAAAAAAUUUAUUUGUGGUGGUGGUUCAUAUGGAGAGGGUUAGAUUAAGAUUGGAAGAUGGGUAGAUUUGUGGGAGAAUUUUGGAUAGCAUAGAGUUGUUACUUGUCUUGGCGAAUAUAAUAUGAAAGGUGAGAAAGUAGGUAGAUGGGAUAUAAUCCACAGGGGAAAAUAAAUGUAUAUAUUAAUUAAUCAUAGGUGCAUAUUACAAUAUUUUAGUGGUGGAGGAUCGUAUGCUGAGGGAGAAGAUUAGAUUAAAAUUGGAAAGUGGGUAGAGGUUGAAAUAUUUCAAGAUUUUAGGGGAUCAAAUUUCAUCACUUACAAUGGUGAAUAUAAUAUGAAAGGAAUAAAAAUUGGUACUUGGGUGUAAAAUGGAGAGAAGAAAGAUGAGAUGGAAAUCUAAUAUUUGAAAAAAAAUAAAAUUAAUCUAAAUAAAUGA